AGCCGAGUCCUAAAAUAACCCGGUUCCCCGGGAGUGUGUACCAGCCAUGUGAACGCUGUGGAUCUACAACUUCAAACUGACAGCAAUGAAGUGACUUUCAGUCGCGGAGUCCUCAAGUCUUCGGAUAAUUAAUAUCAACUUCUCAGAUUUCAUCACCAAAGUUCAGCUCCAAAUGUCCUACAGGUCCAAAUAUAACGAUUCACGCUCUGCGAAAAUAGAGAUCGAUUUCACCUCGCCUGUUAUGGCAGUGAUGGGAGUCGAGCAGCUCCUGUUUUCCGGGAGAGCGAUCAACAGUCCUGCUAAUGAGGUCUGGCCCAGACUUUAUAUAGGAGACAUGGGUUUCGCAGAGAAUCGUGCCGGGCUUCGCAGGCAAAACUUCACUCACGUGCUGAACUGUGCUCACAGCUCCAGGCGAGGUGACGACUUUUACUCCGGAAUGGGAAUCACAUAUCUGGGCAUCGAAGCUCACGACUCUCCUGCCUAUGACAUGAGCGUCAACUUUAAUACAGGAGCAGAGUUCAUUCAUAAUGCGCUCAGGACGGGAGGGAAAAUCCUGGUGCACUGCCACGUGGGCGUGAGUCGCUCGGCCACCAUCGUGCUGGCGUACCUGAUGCUGAAGCACAACAUGACCCUGGUGGAGGCCAUCAACACGGUUAAACAAGGGAGAGGGAUCAUACCCAACCGGGGCUUCCUCCGACAGCUCGUCGACCUGCACAUCAAACUAUACGGCUACAGAUCCUGAGUGCGUGACCACGCCUUCCCGACACCUGACUGUUGAGGAGAGACUUCGCGGGAAUGAGAUAAUGGUGGUUUGGCAACGUACAUAGUACAUUAGUUACUGUAUCUAGCUUCUGAGAUGGUGGAGGGUUAUUUAGAGAUGUGGGUCGGCCCUGAUAUAAAGAGCUGUAUUUUAUAAUGUUUAUAAACAGCCAAUUUUAUAAUGUAUUGUUAUUUAAUUGACAGUAAAGCAGUGCUCUGUGGUAAAAAGGCAAACAUGGCGGGUUUGAUUCAUGCUUUUUUUUUUUUGGUAAUUUUCUUUUCUCAACAGUGUGCUUUUCCCCACGGAUGAUUCCCUGAUAUAUAAUUUGAAAAAUGGUGUUUAACUCAUUAAAUAUUUUCUUAUUGAAA